AUGCGCAUCAUCGAGGGCGAGGUGGUCGAUCAAAGUAAUUUUCCAUUCAUCGCAAGCAUAAUCGAAGAAGGUAACCACGUUUGCGGGGCUUCUAUCAUUUCGGAUCGUUAUAUUUUAACAGCGGCUCAUUGUACGUAUAGCGUAGGAUUUAUUCCCAGGGAUUUAGACACCACCGUCGUUUCCGUUGGUGCUUCAAAAUGGCAAUUGGGAACUAAGUAUAGAUUAUCAAAAACUUACGCCCACGUUAAUUAUAAUGCAGUUGCAACCACGAAUGAUAUUGGGUUGUUUAAAACUGCCAAGAAAAUCGAGUUUACUUCUAACGUUCAACCGGUUAAAUUAAAUAAGAAAGAUUUACCUCAAGAAUCUGGGUUGGAAUGUAUCGUGAUUGGAUGGGGUUAUACAAGUAAUGGGGGUUUUAUGAUAGAUGAAGCAGCUGAUGUUUUGAAUGUUGUUAAAAUUAAUACGAUAAGUACAGAAAGUUGUCAAAAGUAUUAUGAAAAUAUCGAUGAAAGGAAUAUUUGUUUAACUGGGACGGGAAGAAAAGGAACUUGUAGUGGAGAUUCCGGUGGGCCACUUUUAUAUUAUGAUGGAGGUGAUUUAAUCCAAAUUGGAUUAGUUUCCUAUGGUGGUGAUUGCAACAACACCUCACCUGAAGUCCAUACAAGUGUUUCUUAUUUUGAAGAUUGGAUAACAGACUCGAUGAGGUUAUUAGACUCAGAUAGUGACGAUAAUCAAGAUUUUAACUACGAUCACCAUCAUCACGAUUACGGAUAUAGUUACCCUUUAAUUUUCGCUUGGGUACGAAAUAAUCGUACUCGAGAUUUCGUCGUUGAACCAAUUUACCCCAAAAUACGACGAAAGGGGGGAUUUCGUAAAGCAAAUGCUAUUUAUUCGGGGAGACGUUUAAAAUUAAAAAAAUCCUAA